UACCUGGCCCACAGCUAACAGCCACCAAUAUGUCUCUGAGAUCGUACAAAACCUCCAGCGUCUAUGGCGGAGCAGGCGGCAAGGGUACCCGCAUCUCCUCAGCCCAGAUGAACUUCUCCUCUGGGGGAUACUCCUCUGGUGGUGGCUACUCCUCUGGUGGCUACUCUUCUGGAGGCUUCAAUCUGGCUGAUGGCCUGGACCUCCAUGUUGGGGCCAACGAGAAGGCCACUAUGCAGAACCUGAACGACCGUCUGGCUUCUUACCUGGACAAGGUGAAGUCUCUGGAGAAGGAGAACGAGCGCCUGGAGAAGCUGAUCAGAGAGUGGUAUCAGAGCCGGACCAUCGUCGCCCAUGACUACAGCCACUACUUUGCCACCAUUGAAGACCUGAAGGAUAAGAUCCGCAUUGCCUCCAGAGUCAAUGCCAAGAUUGUCCUGGACAUUGACAAUGCUAAACUGGCAGCUGAUGACUUCAAAAUGAAGUAUGAGAAUGAGUUGGCCAUGCGGAUGGCGGUGGAAGCAGACAUUGCUGGGCUGAAGAGAGUCAUUGAUGAGAUGAACCUGGCAAGGAUGGAUUUGGAGAGUCAGUACGAGGCACUGAAGGAUGAGCUCAUCAUGCUCAAGAGGAACCACGAGGAGGAGCUUGCUCUGCUAAGGGCCAAUGUCGGCUCAGACGUCCAUGUCACAGUGGACGCCACUCCAUCUAUGGACCUGAACGGCGCCAUGGCUGAAAUCCGGGACCAUUACGAGGGUGUCAUCGCAAAGAACCGCAAAGAACUAGAGUCGUGGUACAAUGGCAAGAUUGCUGCAGUUGAGCAGGAGGUGAUCACACAGACAGAAACACUGACAGUAUCUCGCACAGAGAUCAAAGACCUGAAGAGCACCCUCCAGAGGCUCCAGAUUGAACUGCAGUCCCAUUUGAGCAUGAAAGCAUCUUUGGAGACAAACCUUGCAGAGACACAGGCCCGUUAUGCUGCUCAGUUGGCUGCCCUCCAGAGUACAGUGACUAGCCUGGAGGCUCAGCUGGCUCAGCUCCAUGCCAAUAUCACAGCCAACAAACAAGAGUAUGAACUGCUCCUAGACCUCAAGACCAGGCUGGAGCUGGAGAUCGCAGAAUACAGGAGGCUGCUGGACGGAGAGGACGAGAGCACCAAACAAGUGGUCACCAAGGUCAUCACUGUCGUGGAGACUGUUGUGGAUGGAAAAGUGGUGGAGAGCAGCAAGACCGUGGAUGUUGAUGUGGAUCAAAUUGAGUGAUACUGAAACAUAAAGAAUAAAAUGAAAUAAUAA